GAUCAGUAAAAUGGGCGUGGCUAUCCGUCUGAUCUGAUCUCAAGAAAGAAAGACACGUACACACUUAAGUUGGCUAGCAUACGUUAGCAGACAUGGAUGAUGAUUUUGGCGACUUCACUGGAUUCAGCCAGGCUCCAAGCAAACCACCAGCCCUGUUUGAAGGCGAUCCAAUCAACACAGCAGUCCAGAACAAUGAGACAAUGUUGAACAAUGAUUUCCAUCUCCCUAUUGACAAUACUACUUCACAGAUUGAUGGUGGUGGUGUUACCAGCUUUGCGCACUUUGAUAUCAACUUUGAUAUUCCGCCCCCACUGAGUCCACCCGCGGCCAACAUCCACUUAGCCGGAGGCGUCCCGUUCGACAUACCCCCUCUACCUGAGAGCCUCUCAUUUGACGACUUUUCACCAGAUACUGAAAGUGAAAACCCGUUUAACAUCCCCCCUGUUAAGGUACCAGUUACCACUGCUGGAAAUGUGACCUCACACCCGAAUAUUGUACAGCCUGUUGCUAAUUUCAGCCCACCCCCGAUUGACUCAGAUUGGGCUGCUGACUUUGGCUCCUUCAGCAUUCCUCCUCCUCUUCCUAUCGAUAUCGCAGAGUCUGGUGCAGGCUGCUUUGAGACCACUAUUGCAACUGAUACAACUGAAGUGACCCUCGAUCCAACGGUUCCUCAAGCUGAAACUGUGCUUGGCACAAUCGAGAGUGUAUUAAAGGCAGACCAAGAAGCAGCCCUACCUGGAAAUGAAAAGAUAUUUGGUGAUUUUAGUACCUUGAAUACCAUCACUGAGUCGACUUCUGGUUUAGUCGCCAAUACAUCUGCUGAGAGCUCCACUAUGGACUUCACUAACUUUGCAUCCUUUGAGCCACCCGUCUCGACUAACUUUCCAACUUCAGUGGACAACAAAGUGACCUUUGGUAGUUUGCAAACCAAUUCAGAAACAUUUCCCGUAGAAGACACUUCUUUUGCUAAUUUUGGCAAAUCUGAUAUCCCACCUUUCCCAGCCUUUGAAGAGAAUGCCACUGGCUUGGAGCCUCUGAAAAGUAUAAGCUCAAACAAUGAUUCGUUUGAUGAUUUCUCAACUGCGAAUGGUGAAACAAAAAGCAACAAAGUGACUCAGUCCGAAAAAGAUGAUUUUGGAAGUUUUGCUACUGCUAAGUCUACAAGUAGUUUUGCUGCAUUUGCUGAACCGAUUGUUUCUUCUAGCAACGCUACAGUUGAUGACUCUGGAGCAUUCUCCAGUGGAACAGGGGAUGAUGGUUUUGGUGAUUUUAAAACCAGCUCUGAUGAUGCAUUCGGUGAUUUCAAAACCAGCUCCGAUGAUGCAUUCGGUGAUUUCAAGACCAGUUCUAGUGAUGGUGACUUUGGCAAUUUUACUACAAGUGGCAAUACUGGAUUUGGAGGAUUCUCUUCAGCAGGCAAUAAAAAAUCAGCACCCUCUAGGAAACCGGAUGUUGGUAGUGUUUUGGUCUCCUGUUUUGUCCUGGAAGGCACACUGAAUGAAGACCUUACCUCUGCCUCCAAACUGCUCACACAGCUGCUGGGAGCUAACACUCAAGACAAAAUGAAUCCAGAUGUGUGGCAGUCCCUACAGCAAUGCAUAGACCUUACAAUUCCACUCUACAAGUGGGACAGCUCAAGUCUCCGUGACAACUUUUACAGUGCUCUCAAAGUGGACCCAAUGCUGAUUUCAAGGCCUUCUACUCUCUCUGUUUUGACAGGCCAUACCAAGUUUGCAGACCCUCUCGGAGGCACCACGGCUGCUGAGGAUCUUAUGGAGUCGUUUGGUUUCGAGGGUGAAGUUGAAGAGUCCAGACGAAGUUCCACCUCUUCACCACCCAUAAUGGGACCCACCCGACCAGUCUCUGGACAUAGGGCCACGCCCACCCUGUUGGACCUCAGCCUGCCAGAGACACCUGGAUCACCCACUGGUCGAAACUCCUUCACACUCGCCGAAGACCUUAUGGGUCUUGAUCUGAAUCCUCAACCACAUAACCAACAGCUAACCUCAAUCCAAGAGCUCCUUCGAAACGAGAGCCUGGUUGUCAACAAAUCAAAAUGGGUGGACUCAAAACUGCAAGAGUUUGGGGAGGGAGAAAAGGAGAAGACAAGUUCACAACCUUCAACCCCAGGGCUGGUGAAGAGACAGAACACAGUGGAGUUGCAGCUGCAGCAGUUGGGACUUGACGCUAACAAAGUGUCUUCUUUUACUGGCAAGAGAAGAGAGUUGAGCCUUGGAGCUCGAACUGUACUGGGACAACUACCAGAGCUAUCGUUUAUGUUGGCUACAGAUAGGGUUGUUCAAACUCAUCAGUAUUCAAUUUAGCAUUAUUAUUAUAACAUGAUGUCACUGUAUAUAUGUACAUUUAAUUUUUUACGCAGGUGUUGUUUGCUUGGCAAAUUUUUUUUUAUUGUGACCGUCUGUAGAUGAAUCUACUCAUUAAUUUUCUGUUGUUUCCUGAUCGAUGUAUUAAUUUUGUUCACGA